CGGAGGCCGGGGCGCCAGGCUCGGGCUCAGGCGCCAGGCGGGCGAGGUAGAGACCUGCGCUCCGGAGGGCCGGGGGCGGCGCCAUGACCUUGUUUCACUUCGGUAACUGCUUCGCCCUGGCCUACUUCCCCUACUUCAUCACCUACAAGUGCAGCGGCCUGUCCGAGUACAACGCCUUCUGGAAAUGCGUCCAGGCUGGGGUCACCUACCUCUUCGUGCAGCUGUGCAAGAUGUUGUUCCUGGCCACUUUCUUUCCCACCUGGGAAGGUGGCAUCUAUGACUUCAUUGGGGAGUUCAUGAAGGCCAGCGUGGAUGUGGCAGACCUAGUAGGCCUAAACCUUGUUAUGUCUCGGAAUGCCGGCAAAGGGGAGUACAAGAUCAUGGUUGCUGCCCUGGGCUGGGCCACUGCGGAGCUCAUUAUGUCCCGUUGCAUGCCCCUCUGGGUUGGAGCCCGGGGCAUUGAGUUUGACUGGAAAUACAUCCAGAUGAGUAUUGACUCCAACAUCAGUCUGGUCCAUUACAUCGUUGCAUCUGCCCAGGUGUGGAUGAUAACACGCUACGACCUGUACCACACUUUCCGGCCAGCUGUCCUCCUGCUGAUGUUCCUGAGCGUCUAUAAGGCCUUUGUCAUGGAGACCUUCGUCCACCUUUGUUCCCUGGGCAGCUGGACGGCACUCCUGGCCCGAGCAGUAGUGACGGGGCUGCUGGCCCUCAGCACCCUGGCCUUGUAUGUCGCCGUUGUCAACGCGCACUCCUAGGCUUGGUGUCCCAGGCAUUCACAUACCUUUUUUUGUCUCCAGGUUUUAGUGAAGUAAACAGUAUUUGGAAAGUUGUUUCCGCCUAC